UGCAGCAAUACAUCAUCAAUUGAAAUAACAGAUCUUCUUCCACACCCGACCACCGUAAGAAUAGUAAAAUGUUUUAAUAAAUUGAUUAUACUGUUAUAUUUUAUAUGUUUGCAGAUCUGCAGGAAUAUUACUCGACUUUAUGAAGAGUAUAAGAUUGAGUUAAUUGAUAUUUGUGAACAAUUAACAAGUUUUUGUUUGAUAGCCGAUCAAUGCACUGAAGCUCAUACCGAUUAGAACAUUAAAUAUUUUGUUUAUGCAGGAAGACAGCUAUAAUCUGAGUGUUUUUUUGUACUUGCAUUUAGGUAUUAGUUACUGUGAUAUAGAUUUACGAUACAUUGGAGAAUAUUCUCAAUUAUUUUCGUUCAUCACUGGUUGUUUUCCAUACAAUGCAGGUAGUCAUUCAGCACAACAUCUUCGAUAAUUUGUGAAUAAAAUAUUAGAAGAAUAUAAACUACAACUAGAUUCAACAAAAUUUGUUGGUGACAGAUAAUGAGCCAAAAAUAUUGCCAGCAUUUCGGGAACAAUGUUCUCGCGUUGGUUGUGCUGAUCACUAUUUGAAUAAACAGUUACAACAUGCUUUUCAAUCAGAUCAAAUUCAUUUAAAUAAAAGUACAAUUGAAAAAGUUGCUUGUGAAUUAGUUCAAAAUAUUUUUAAUCAAGUUAAAAAAGUGGUUUCUUCUGUAAGACAUUCCCAUCAACAACAAACAUUUUCUCAAAAAUUACAAACAAAAACUUUGAAUGAUUAUAGUUUGAUUGAAAAAGAACUACUCGAUGAUAUUUGCAACUAUCUUGAACCUUUUCAGGAGAUACUUGAUGCUGUUAGUGAAGAUCAACAACCGAGUCUUCAUCGAGUAAUUCCACUUAGACAAUAUUUGAUGAAUAAAUGUGAAGUAAAAGAAGAAGAUUCAGCUACAAUAAUCCGACUGGAAGUUCUUUUAGCAUGUCGAAUAAAAAAUGCUUGGCAUAUAACUGAUCACCAUCGUUUAUCAACUAUUCUUCAUCCAAAAUUGAAAAAUUUUGACUGCUGUAUUGAUGAAAAAGAAAAAUUAAUCAAUGUAUUAAAACAAGAAUUUGAAAAACAUAAAUUAAUUGAUUCUUCGUCGUGCACAAAUACAUUACAUUUAACACAAUCCAAUGUACAAUCUUCUUCACCAGCAUCAACAACUAGUACAACACCAAAACGAAAGAACUUAUACGUCACAAUGUUUUGA